AUGGCCGCGUCACAGAUUCCAAACCUCAACCUUCUUCGUCGAGGCCGAGGCCGAGGGCGUGGAGGUAUUCGUGGAGUUGAAGAUGGUCACGGUUCUCGGGCGUCUGGUAAAGACCGCGUCGUACAGGGUACUGACAAUGACGCGAGUGUUUCUCGUCUGAGCGCCGUCGAGCUGGGUUAUCUCGUUGACCCCUACGCGACAGCAUUGACGCCGCCUGGCUCUGCGACGAGAAGGUUCCCAAUUAUCAAUAGAGGGACCUACGUCCGCACCACCGCAAUUGACCAGCUUGUCGCGCACUUCCUCGGUCCAUACUCCCCCGAGACUCAGCACAAGAAGAAACAAAUCAUUUCGCUAGGUGCUGGGUCAGAUACACGUGUUUUUCGCCUCUUUACCUCCAGAAGACCGCCCGAUGUCAUUUACCACGAAAUUGAUUUUGCGGUCAACACGGCUACGAAGAUUCGUGCGAUUCGAUCAACGCCGAACUUACAAAAGGCGCUGGGCAUUGAUCCGUCGAGCAACGAUGUGACCGUUUCAGAAGCAGGCGAUGCACUACAUACACCCUCAUAUCAUAUCCAUCCGUGCGACCUACGAUCGCUGUCGGUGAACCUCUCCCUCGCCGAAGCUCUCCCCGGCGUAGACAGGAGCCUACCGACAUUGCUGAUAUCGGAGUGCUGCCUGAUAUAUCUUUCUCCAUCGGAGGCCGCCCAGGUGGUCACUUUCUUCACCGAACAUGUUUUUGGUCCUACGCAUGCACCAUCCGAGGGCAGUGAAAAGCUGCAAAGCUCGCCGACUGUCCCUCCUCUCGGACUGGUUUUAUACGAACCCAUUCGACCACACGACCCAUUCGGACGGACCAUGGUGUCUAAUCUAGCGACUCGAGGAAUCCAACUCCAAACACUCAAUAAGUAUGCGUCUUUGGAGGCCCAGCGGGCUCGAUUGCUUGAGCAAGGAUUUGAGACUGGUCAAGCUGCCGCUGAUAUUGAUUUCAUCUGGGAGCGCUGGGUGAAGGAGGAAGAAAAGGAGCGGGUCGCCAGUCUUGAGUUCCUGGAUGAGAUGGAAGAGUGGCGAUUACUUGCUCGGCAUUACUGUAUCUCAUGGGGAUGGAGGAAUGGUGACGAUGCCGCGGCAUUUAGUGGGUGGACGACUCUGCAAGCCCAACCGGCGGAGUGA